GCAGCUCUGCCGCCGACAGUUAUUAUUAUUUUUUGGCCAAGCUGCACAUUUCCUGGUUCAGCGUCUUGAGCUCUGCAACCAGCUGACUGGUUGCCCUGGGUCUGGCUCAGGAUCAGUUGGUGACGCUGAGGCUGGGGUCUGAGACUUCCUGCAGAUUGACGAAAGCGACGUUCUCAGGAAGACGAUCGGAUCCACAGGAAGGGUAGAAGUCACACUUUUCCCCCUGCCUGGUGGCUCCCUAGCAGGAUUUGGAUCCAGCCGUGCUGUUUUCUGUGAGUGAAUGCUGAGCUGCUCAGGCUUGAGCCUGCUGCUGGCUUCAGGAAGCGUCCAGAUUGGGAGAAGGGUUUCCAGAAGAAGAUGCUUGGGCUGCCUGCGGUCCUUCUUGCAUUCCUAGAAGCCAGACUCAGAGAGAAAGUGAACUGGGGCAACUGACAAGCUCAGAGGGUCUGGCGGAAGCUACGAAAUUGGGCAUUUCAUCUUCCUUGGAGGAAGAUCUGUCUGCACUGCAAGUGCCCUCAGGAGGAGCACAUGGUGACAGUGAUGCCCCUGGAGAUGGAGAAGACCGUCAGCAAACUCAUGUUUGACUUCCAGAGGAACUCGACUUCAGAUGACGACUCAGGAUGUGCCUUGGAGGAGUACGCCUGGGUCCCGCCUGGGCUGAAGCCUGAACAGGUUCACCAGUACUACAGCUGUCUCCCAGAAGAGAAGGUCCCUUAUGUCAACAGUCCCGGGGAGAAACUGCGCAUCAAACAGCUAUUACACCAGCUGCCGCCACAUGACAAUGAGGUCCGAUACUGCAACUCCCUGGACGAGGAGGAGAAGCGGGAGCUGAAGCUCUUCAGCAACCAGCGGAAACGCGAAAACUUGGGCCGAGGGAAUGUCAGGCCCUUCCCAGUCACCAUGACAGGAGCAAUUUGUGAGCAGUGCGGAGGCCAAAUCAACGGUGGGGACAUCGCCGUGUUUGCAUCGCGCGCUGGCCACGGCGUUUGCUGGCACCCACCCUGCUUCAUAUGCACCGUCUGCAACGAGCUCCUGGUGGAUUUGAUCUACUUCUACCAGGAUGGGAAGAUCUACUGUGGCAGGCACCACGCCGAGUGCCUGAAGCCGCGCUGUGCAGCCUGUGACGAGAUCAUCUUUGCUGACGAGUGCACCGAAGCGGAGGGGAGGCACUGGCACAUGAAACACUUCUGCUGCUUCGAGUGUGAGACGGUGCUGGGCGGCCAGCGCUACAUCAUGAAGGAGGGAAGGCCCUACUGCUGCCGCUGCUUCGAGUCCUUGUAUGCAGAGUAUUGUGACACCUGUGCCCAACACAUAGGGAUUGACCAGGGCCAAAUGACCUAUGACGGCCAGCACUGGCAUGCCACCGAGACCUGUUUCUGCUGCGCUCACUGCAAGAAGUCCCUCCUCGGGCGGCCGUUCCUCCCCAAACAGGGCCAGAUCUUCUGCUCACGGGCCUGCAGUGCGGGGGAGGACCCCAAUGGCUCAGACUCAUCCGACUCGGCCUUCCAGAACGCCAGGGCCAAGGAGUCCCGGCGCAGUGCCAAGAUCGGCAAGAACAAGGGCAAGACGGAGGAGCCCGUGCUGACCCAGCACAGCCAGCUGCAGGUGAGCGCCAACCGGCUGUCCGCCGACGUGGACCCCCUGUCGCUGCAGAUGGACCUGCUCAGCCUGGCCAGCCAGACGCCCAGCCUCAACCGGGACCCCAUCUGGAGGAGCCGGGACGAGCCCUACCAUUAUGGGAACAAGAUGGAGCAGAACCAGCCCCAGAGCCCCCUGCAGCUGCUGAGCCAGUGCAGCAUGAGGGCUUCCUACAGCCCGGGAGGGCAGGGGGCUGGGGCCCAGCCGGACCUGUGGGCCAAGCACUUCAGCAACCCCAAGAGGAGCUCGUCCCUGGCCCUGAAGGGGCACGGUGGCAGCUUCAUCAAGGAAUGUCGAGAGGACUACUACCCGGGAAGACUAAGGUCCCAGGAGAGCUACAGCGACAUGUCCAGUCAGAGCUUUAGUGAAACCCGAGGCACGAUCCAAGUCCCCAAAUAUGAGGAGGAGGAGGAGGAGGAAGGGGGCAUGUCCGCUCAGCAGUGUCGGACCCGUCAUCCGCUCAGUUCCCUGAAGUACACUGAGGACAUGACGCCCACGGAGCAGACCCCUCGGGGCUCCAUGGAAUCUCUGGCCCUGUCCAAUGCAACAGGCCUUUCGGCGGACGGCGGCGCCAAGCGCCAGGAGCACCUGUCCCGCUUCUCCAUGCCGGACCUCAGCAAGGACUCGGGCAUGAACGUCUCCGAGAAGCUGAGCAACAUGGGCACGCUCAACUCGUCCAUGCAGUUCCGCAGCGCCGAGUCCGUGCGCAGCCUGCUGUCGGCCCAGCAGUACCAGGAGAUGCAGGGGAGCCUCCACCAGCUCGGCACGCCCAUCGGCUACAGAGACCUGCAGUCCCGCGGCAGGAUGCACCAGAGCUUUGACUUCGACCCGGGGGUGGCGGGCAGCAAGCUGCCGGGGCCGGAGGGCGUGAGGAUCCAGCCCCUGAGCGAGCGCACGCGGAGGAGGAGCACGUCCCGCGACGACAGCCGCCACUUCCGCCCUCACCGCUCCCGGCGGUCGCGCCGCUCCCGCUCGGACAACGCCCUGCACCUGGCCAGCGAGCGCGAGGCCGUCGCCCACCUGAAAGAAAGGCCCCCGCUGCGGGCCCGGGAGGACUACGACCAGUUCAUGCGCCAGCGCAGCUUCCAGGAGAGCCUGGGCCCGGGCGCCCGGCGGGACCUGUACGGCCAGUGCCCGAGGACUGUGUCGGACCUGGCCUUGCAGAACGCCUUUGGGGAGCGAUGGGGACCCUACUUCACCGAGUACGACUGGUGCUCCACCUGCUCCUCCUCCUCGGAGUCUGACAAUGAGGGCUACUUCCUAGGAGAGCCCAUCCCCCAGCCGGCCCGCCUGCGAUACGUCACCAGCGACGAGCUGCUGCACAAGUACAGCUCGUACGGCCUCCCCAAGUCGUCCACGCUGGGUGGCAGGGGACAGUUGCACAGCAGGAAAAGACAAAAGAGUAAAAACUGUAUCAUUUCUUAAUCUGAUAGGGGUCAGGAAAUGGGGGAAAGUGGGAGCUAAGAAUGUAAAUGGAGAAACUUGCACUGUUUUAAAUUUUAAAGCGCUUUUCGGGGUGGCGACGGGGAAGAAGGGACAUGCUCUCCGUGGAUGAAGGCAAGGUUACAGAUUGACUCCGUCGGCAGUCACCGUUCUUGGCAUGUUGAAUAUUAUUUGCACAUUUCACUUUGGAAACGCGAUAGACUGUGGAGGCCAGGGUUGGUCACCUCCCUCCCAUCAGUGUGUUGAUUGCCAGUCCUAAGAUAGCAAAUCGCUUCCUGCUCGCUUGUAUCCUCUGGUUCUCUUACUUUUAGGACCCUUUUUCCAGUAAGUAAUUUGUUUAUUAGCCAGGACCCAAAACUAAGUUAUUUACAUGUCCAUUGUAAAUGCAAUGUAAAUGAGAGUUCUGAUAAAAUAUUUUUGUAUUUUGUAAUAUCAAAGGAAUUUCUAUAUGGUAGACUCAGUGGAACCCGCAUGCACACCCAGCAUUGUCUUUGAGUAGUAGUAUUCAAAGGACCACCUUCUUUUUCUUUUUUUCUAUACAAAGUUGUUACAUGUCAGUGAGACUUUUUUCAUAGGACUUGAUUCAAUUUGGCUUUUUGUGGCUAAAAAAAAUUAUUAUACCCAAAGCAUUUUAUGUCCUAUUCCAUCUUAAGGAGCCAUCCUUAAAUCUGCUCCCACCCUCAGUAGAAUGUAUUCUCUACAAAGUGAUAGUCAUUUUUUUAACUAGCAAACAUAACUUUUGCCCAUUAGAGAAACCAAUCAGUGUCAGUCAAGUUCGGUGAGAAACGCCAUCCCUGCUGGGAACAUGGAAGUUGCUCACUAUUGAUCUCUUUCUUGGGGAAAAUACAGUGACUGUGAGUGGUGCUGUUGUGUGAUGUCAGCAUGAUGUUGUUUUGAAUGUGGCAUUAUUUUCUGGUGCUCAUGUUUCCUAGAUUGUAUUCUCUGCUUUCCUUUGCCAAGGCAGACGGCACAGCUGCCUUAGCCUGACAACCGGUUGUCCUCAGUGCAAAUGAACUUAAGCAUUAGACGUGGGCAGAAAGGUUCUGACGGGCUCUGGGAGAGGCCGUGUGUUCUAGGUGGUACGCGAUGCGUGGAGAAGGAAUAAGGUGACUUGAAAACAAAGCAGGUCAAGGGUAAAACAAGGAGAAUAGGAAAGAAGGUCAGGGCGAAGAAGAACUUCUGGAAAUGAAGUAGAGGAGCGGUGACAGCCACCUGGAGUGGCCCCAGUGCUUGUGGAAAGAAUUCAGCUUAACACACUCCCUAACCAGAGUAUCUGGUGACCCGAACGGUCGAGCUGCUCAGGAGAGUUCAGUGUAAUGGUCAAGAAGCAAAUGUUGUUGAAAGGAAGGUUUCCAUUUGGAACUUCGGGGACCGCUGGUGAGACAGAAAAUGGGCUCAGAAGUGAGUUUGCUUAAAGAAGACAUUUAACGGUUGUGUUGUUUAUAGUAAAAUAAAACUUUCUACCUUGCUUCAGUUAAAAAUGAAGCGCUUGCUUUUUCUUCCAUUCUCCUCCUCCCCUUAAUGGAUUGCGGCAGCUGAAAUAAUCCAUCGCAGGACCCUUUUAGUGAGAUGUACUGUCCAUGUGCUACACGGUGUAUCUCAGUGGCCAUCUGCCGUGGUGAGGUGAG